AUGACUAAACCAAGAGCUCCGGCCAUCUCCGCCGCCGCCGCCGUCGUCAUCCUCCUCGCCAUCUCCGGCGUCCCCGGAGCUCUGUCACAACCCGACAACAGAUGUCGAGCAGGUUCGGACAACACAUGUACGGACAAAUCCAAAGCUGUGACACUAAAACUCAUAGCCAUCUUCACGAUCCUGGUCACGAGUCUCAUCGGAAUCUGCCUCCCGUUCUUCAGCCGAUCCCUGGCGGUGUUUCAGCCGGAGAAAUCGCUCUUCCUGAUCGUGAAAUCCUUCGCUUCAGGGAUCAUCCUCUCCACCGGAUUCAUGCACGUCUUGCCGGAUUCUUUCAACAUGCUGUCGUCACCUUGUCUGAGCGAUGACCCAUGGCACAAGUUUCCUUUCACCGGUUUUGCCGCCAUGGUCUCAGCCAUUUUCACUCUCAUGGUUGAUUCCAUCGCCACCUCCGUCUUCACCAGGUCCGGCCGCCACGACUCGGUCGUUGCUGCGGUGGCCGAGGCCCAGAACUCUCCGGACCAGGAGAUGGGCCGAGCCGAGACGACGACGACCCAUGUUCAUGUGCAUGGACACGGACACGGACACUUUCAUGGAUCCAGUUCUAACGAUAAGGAGAUUGGUUCUAAUACUCAACUUCUAAGGAAUCGAGUUAUUGCCGUGGUACUGGAGCUAGGGAUAGUGGUGCACUCGAUCGUGAUAGGGCUAUCAGUGGGGGCGACGAACAACACAUGCACCAUUAAAGGCCUCGUCGCGGCUCUUUGCUUCCACCAAAUGUUCGAAGGCAUGGGUCUCGGCGGCUGCAUCCUCCAGGCGGAGUAUGACUGGGUGAAGAAGGCGGUGAUGGCGUUCUUCUUCGCGGGAACGACGCCGUUCGGGGUGGCACUGGGGAUGGCGCUGGCGAAGGUGUACAAGGAGAAUAGCCCGGAGUCGCUGAUAACGGUGGGGCUGCUGAACGCGUCGUCGGCCGGGCUUCUGAUAUACAUGGCUCUGGUCGAUCUUCUGGCCGCCGAUUUCAUGGGCCAGAAGAUGCAGAGGAGCAUCAAGCUCCAGCUGAAGUCGUACGUCGCCGUUUUGCUCGGCGCCGGCGGGAUGGCCCUCAUGUCCAAAUGGGCUUGAUCCCCUUCCUUCCUCUUUUGUUUCGCGCGCUUUUGAACUCUUUUUCUUUUUGUAAAUACUCCAAUAAAAUCGGUAUACGAAAUGGGCA